UCUUCUGGUGCAGGUGUACACUGGGGCUAUGAAGAAACCAAGACUUACCUUGCAAUUCUCAGUGAGACUCAGUUCUACGAAGCCCUCCAAAACUGUCACCGAAACAGCCAGUUAUAUGGAACAGUUGCUGAGAGACUGUGGGAAUAUGGCUUCCUUAGAACCCCAGAGCAAUGUCGUACCAAAUUUAAAAGCCUACAAACCAGCUAUCGGAAAGUCAAGAAUGGCCAAGCACUAGAAACCUGCCCCUUCUUUGAAGAAAUGGAUGCUUUAGUGAGUGCCCAAGUUGCUGCCCCACCUAGUGAUGACCAGGAAAAAGAAACAGUUUCUUGUUGCCUCCAGAGAACCAGUGAGGCUGAACCUGAGAAGCAAGAUGAGGACACAGAAGAAGAUUCAGAUGGUGAAGAUGAUACUGAAAUACCUCCAGAGGCUGUUAUAACCCGUGCCCCAGUCUUAUUCCAGAGCCCCAGUGGUUUCGAGGCUAGAUUUGAUAAUGAAGAAAAUUCAAAACGGGAUAUUUCUGAGGAAGUACAGCUGCAUAGGACAUUACUUGCAAGGUCUGAAAGGAAAAUUUCCCGUCAUGUUAAAAUGAGAUGUAAAGCUAGUAAGAAUGAAUGCUCACCAGAAAGCCAGUGGGAAAAGACUCAAAGAGAGAAACAAAGACAACCAGCAUUCCCAGAGAAGAAUAUAGGUAAAGUCCUGACCUAUCAGAGGCCAGGCUUGGAAGACAGACCUUAUAAAUAUGUCAAGUAUGGCAAAAGCUCUGGCUCAAACUCCCAUCUCAGGCAUCAGGUCUCCCAUGAGGUAGAGAACCCAUAUAAAUGUGCCGACUGUGGGAAAAGCUUCAGCCGGAGUGCGCGCCUCAUCAGACACCAAAGAAUCCACACUGGAGAAAAACCGUAUAAGUGUCUUGACUGUGGGAAAGGUUUCCGUGACAGUUCCAAUUUCAUUACCCAUCGGAGAAUCCACACAGGAGAAAAACCGUAUCAGUGUGAUGAAUGUGGAAAACGCUUCAACCAGAGCUCAAGCCUUAUAAUUCACCAGAGAACCCACACAGGAGAAAAGCCUUAUCAGUGUGAAGAGUGUGGGAAAAGCUUCAAUAACAGUUCUCAUUUCAAUGCACACAGGAGGAUACACACAGGAGAGAGACCCCAUGUGUGUCCUGACUGUGGUAGGAGUUUUAGUAAGAGUUCUGACUUGCGUGCACAUCACAGAACCCACACAGGAGAGAAACCUUAUGGGUGCCAUGACUGUGGCAAGUGCUUCAGUAAGAGCUCUGCCCUUAGUAAACACCGAGAGACUCAUACUCGAGAAAAGCUGCUGUCAUAGUCAGUGCUUAAGCCAGCCCCUGAGGAAGGGCCUUGGGAACUGUAGCACUUGAGAAGCCCUUUCCUGCUUUGUGCCCAGCUGGCCUAGGAAGCACUCCUCAGGAUUUUUUGCCACUUUAUUUCUUGUGCUUCCCAGAUCUAGAUGAGGCCAAUGGCAUCAGCUUCAAGAUUAAAAAGUAGGUUUUGGUCUGACCUGAUGGUAAUCCCUCUCUCCUCUCGGUGCCUGUGUUGUUCCCUGAGAGAAGAUAUGGUAGUAUAUACUGUGGAUCUCACCUGUAUCCUUCACUCACACCGUCAUUCAGUGCACGUCAAUUGGAAAACCCGUUUCAGCAGUUUUUCAAGAAGCUGUGAGUCUUGGGCCAUUUUGCUCACUUAAACCUGUAUAUACUCUUCAUUUACCUUUAAAGAGUUUAAAGUCCAUCUUGGUUCUAUCUUUUCCCAAGAAUCUGGAGCUGGGGAUCUAUCCAGCUCAGUGGUAGAGCACUUGCCUAGUAUGCACAAGGCCUUGGGUUCAAACCUCAGACAGACAGACAGACAGACAGACACACACAAAACCCGCACAUGUGAGGGGUGGGGACAGAUAGAGUGAAACAAUGUAAGUUUUCUAUAAACAGUGACUAUCUUAGUUUCUUCCAGAAUCUACAAGGAUUCUGGAAGUAUAUUCUACAAUAGAAUAUACUACAUUUAUAGCAUCUUGAUUUUUUUUUUCCUUUCUUUUCCCUCCUUGCUGCUGCCACCGCCACCGUCGCCUCCUCUUCUUCCUCCUCCUCCUCUCCAUCUAAAUUGCAUCUGUCCCUUGUGGACUAGCAGUCAAAAGAGCAAACUAGAGAUGUGGCGAUAGAAAAAGCAGUUAAAGAUGCCCACAGAAGUCAUCUGUUUCUCCUACAUUCCACACACCUAGUAUAGAGUCAUGCAGCCAAUGGGUGCUCAGUACUAAUUGCCAUUUCCUCAAGUAUAGGUAAAACACACUAUACCCUAAAUGACAAGGAAAGUGGUGGUGCUACCAGUCUACACACACACACACACACACACACACACACACAUAUACACACACAACUAUAUAUAAAUAAAAGUAUCUAAGCACAAAAGUAAUUACAAGUUUUUACAAUCAAGUGGUAUUGACUUAAUUCCCACAAAUUCAUAGAUGUAUGAUAAAAGCCCUGUACAGUGCAAGUGAAAACACCCUACCGUGUCCUUAUACUGGAAAACAGUUAAUACACAGACAUAGGCACAAAUAUAUAGUUGCAACACUUACUAUGUUUUGAAAGGCAGGGUCUCACUAUGUAGCCCUGGCGACCUGUAGCUUACUAUGGAGAUUACACUGCCCGAGAUCUCAGAGAUCCGACUGCUUCAGUCUCAGUGCUAGUAUAGAAGCACAGGUGCACAUCACCAUGAAAGCUGGCAACUGGGUUAAAGACAUUUACUAAGCCUAGUAGUGUUACUACACAAGACAUACUCUUUAACAUAACUUGCUCUGAGAAAAGUCUAGAAAGUUUUUUUUUCUUUUUCAGGAAACAGUAAGCAUUCAAAGGAAGGAAAGUGACUGGGUAAAUUGGAGUGGGGCAGACUGUCCAAAACUAGUUGUAAAACUGAUGCUAGGUGGGUGAGAAAUGGGAAAACAGUGAAGCAAAAGAGGAGAAAAUAUAAAGCUCACUAAAGCUUGAAGUAGGAAAAAACCUUAAGAAUGCAUGAUAGAGCCGUAGAGUCUGCAGAGAAUCAAUUAGCAGAGACAGGGACGGCUACAGGGAGACCCUGAGUUGUACUGAGCUGUGGAUACUGCUGAGAGGAAAGCAGCAUGGCUCUGGGAGGUGAGUUUAGGAGACUAGCUCCUUUGGGAGAUAAACAGCAGAAAUUACUGUCUAUUGAAGAUACUUUGAUGAGCAGGUCAGAGAAGAGAUGACCAUGGCCAGAUGGCCAACACAUGGAAAAACUAAUUUUCACAUUUAUUAAGAUCUGAGACAGUAGUAAGGAGAAAGACUAUCCUAAAAUUUAUUAGGAUAAGUAAUUAAUUGUGGUCUUGUACUGAGGAAUUGUAAACAAAGAAGUAACAUUAGCAAUAAAGGGAAAAUGGUAUCUCAAUUAUGCUGCCUAAGAAAGCAAGAAGGUACGAGAAACCCCUGUCUAACACAGGGCCUCGGGAUCUGAGAUGGCUUUGGAAGUGAACUGCAAUGUCAAGGACGACGAGAUUAUUAUCUUUAGUAUUAAUCUGUCUAUGUAUAGUAUUAUGGAAACAGGCAUAAGGGUAUUAGUAGACAGAUUCCAAUGUCAAGGACGACGAGAUGAUUAUCUUUAGUAUUAAUCUGUCUAUGUAUAGUAUUAUGGAAACAGGCAUAAGGGUAUUAGUAGACAGAUUCCAAUGUAUCUUAAACUGCUUCUGUUUCUCUUCCUCUAAAGCAAAAUAAUGUUUAUACCUAGUCUGCCUCUCAGGGAUAUCAUGUUAAUAAAUGUUAUGCCCAUAAAGUGCUCUGUUUUUCUUCAGCUGUUUCAGUACAAAUUUUAUAUAUACAAAUUAUAUAAAAUUAUU